AUGAAAAUAUGCGGGACUAACAUCACUGCCUAUCUGCUGCUACUAGGGAACAAUAUUUUCGGUCAGUGUUGCAGUGAGGCCACCAGCACCCAGGUUGAAAACCCCUAUUAUGCACCUCCUCCACCGACCCCUAGCCAGACAUCGGGUAACAAUGAUGGCUCAUCGAUCUGCCUUUCAAUCAAUGGUGGAACCUGUAAGGCUGCUGCCCAGCGAUUCCAGGAUGCCACCAUCUAUCAUCAGUACACUUCGGCUGUGUGGCCCGACAGCACAGGAGCAGAUAUCGCCAAUUCAAUCUUCCCUGUCGUCGGGCCAGCCAUUGAGGAUUUCUUUGGGAUUAAUUAUGGUUGCACUGUCAUUUGGGAAUGUGACAACAGCGAUGCAUAUACGCAGGGAAUGACAGGGGCGCAGAUUAAGGACGCGUGA